CUGAUCUACAGAGUUCAGAGUGCAAAACAAUAGAUCGAGGGAGAUUCAGACUCGUACCUUGACUGACAAGAACAGUACAGUGCAGUGAAUUUCAGAACAGAGGACCUUAUCAACUGGCUGAAAGGUUUAUGUGCAGUGCAGUGCAGUGCUAGUGACUUUCAAGAUGGGAAUUGAAGACAUUGCUGAUCCUUUGACGCCACUCCUGACUGUGACAGAAAUGUGGGGCCACGUGCUGUUCUGGUCAUUCCUUCUGACCACCGUCACCUACCUUGUUGUGGGGGUCGUAUGGGCUGUGUGUCUACGCAAGUGGAGUAGUCUUCUGGUUCCCCUUGGCUACCUGGGAUAUGCUGAGUUCACUGUGCUCACUACAGAUGCAAUAGCAAGUGCGUUUGUAGCAGGAAUUUAUUGGACAUCUGGUUGGACAAUGACGACGGGGGUUGCCCUCGGCUGGGGUCUGGGUCUUAGUCUGUUCUCACUCCUCCUGAACUCCGUCAUAUCAUGUGCUCCACUCUACAUAUUUCUUUGAAGUCACGUGACUGUCAGCUGGAUCCGAGUGCGGCAGCCCCUCCCCCUCAGCAACUGAUCACUGUAUACACUAUUGAACAGAGACUAUUCCUAUUACUAGUGAGUGUUGUGAUCUGCUUUGUUGCUUUGUGUAAAGUAUGCGUAUAUUAAUUCUGUAUAAGAGCUGAGUAUAAUGAGUGGUGUGUUUAUACAUAUCCUAUAACGUGGAAUUCAUUAUGAA